GUCAGACAGCAGUCUUCGACACACUUGUCUUUAUUACAUGGUGUCAGAAGUGGGAUCUCACAACUCGACGGUUUUGAGUCGUAACCGCGUGGUUUGUGAGUAUUGAACUGCAUCCUUCUUCAUCGAACGCAUCCUCCGUGUUGUUGAACUGCAUCCGUCUUUAUCUCGUGCAUCCAUUUGUCUUGCACCAUUUUAUUGAAAUGUCGUCUUCGUUGAGAGCUCCUGAACCUUUUUCUUUCGGGGCCAGUGAUUUGGUGGCCCAGCCGGUGUUAGACAAAUUCACUGCCCAUUUUGAGCCCCGACGCAGUGAAGUUUUCGAGCGUUUUAAAUUCCUGCGUCGUCAUCAACUCCCUGGUGAAACUUUUGAUUCGUGGUUAAUUGAUCUUCGUGGUCUAGUGAAGACAUGUGGCUAUGGUACUGGUGUUGAUUCGGUCUUACGGGACCAGAUAGUACUCGGUGUGGCUGAUCCUUUAGUCCGUGAAAAACUGCUGUAUGAAAAGGAUUUGCUGCUCACCACUGCGUGUGAAAUUGUGCUUGCAUGUGAGUUGCAGACCGGCAGUCUGAAUGCCAAGAUUUUUAUGGUGGAUGUGGAUGCAAGAGAGGUUCACUUACCUGUGUCCAUUCGUAUGCCUUUCAGUAGCUCUGUCCAAGAUCUGAAGCUCAGCAUGAAAUCUACGAUGAACAUUGCCGAAGAUCCAGAUCAUAUCCACCUGGUCACCAUACGUAACUCUAAUGAGCUACAUAGAUUGACCCAAAAAGAACGCAGUUUAAGGAGCGAAGGCUUCCAAGGGGCAGAAAAAGUCUACGCCACCGUGUUUGCAUCCAGUGAUGAAAACGAAUUCCUAUCGUUGUGCAAACCACGCCUGUAUGAUCUGAUUGACCGAUUAGAAAAUUUAGAUAAAGCUAAGCAACUUGUAAAACAGAAAAAGUUAAAGAGUAGUUCGAGUUAUCCUACUUCGACUACGGGGGUAGAUGAAACAAAAGCAAAAUAUCUUAGUCUCCUCGCCCAGCAUUCCAAAUGAAAAAAUAUCUUGUUAAUUAUGCAAUAAGUCAUGCAGUUAAAUUCUUUCCAAAUAUGAGGUAUCUGAGUUGUAUAAAUAAUGUUUCAAGUACAAAAGUAAAGAAUGUUAGGAUGGUACUGAUAAAUAAUAAUUAAGAAAACAGUAGAAAUAUUUCAAAUAAUACACUUCAUUAAGCUC